GACUGUAUACGGCUACUUCCUGUCUUUGUGGUACCGCAUUUGUUUUCAUUUCUCCCUAAGUCCGUAAAUUGUCGAGGCAACUGAGUUCCCCGCUAACAAUAAUUGUUUGGUUUAACAUAGGCGAGUCUUUUAAGUUAUAUUUUCAAAAGGCCAAUCUAGCUUCUUCUGCUAUUUGAACACGAAAACCGACGAUAUUACCUAUCUAGUCGUGGAGAGAGAGAGAGGAGUCGUUGCAAUCACCAAGUCUUCCUGCCAGGUGAGCUGCGUGCUCUAGUUGAAACCUGCCAUUGAUCAAAGAAUGGCUUUGACGCCCUCCUUAACAAAGCAAAUAGGGAGAAAGGGGCAUACUGGAAGGAUUUGACACACAUCUUCUCCAAUAGCUGUUUGGCAUGUGAGACUAUAGCUUAUUUUCACGUACAAAGAGAGGACGUUUAUUUAAGAAAACUGCUUGCUUCUGUGUUCCACCCCAAGGCUUCUUGCAUAAUGUCCGUAGAGUACACCAUUGAUAUCCAGCUGACAGAAUUGGGGUUUCCCAUCAUCCAUCAGCCCCCGGAGAGCCUCGCGGCAUCACGUCCGAACUCCUUGCCAUCUUGCCACUCGCCCAAUUUGACCUCAAACCCACACAAAGAAAAUCUCCUGGUCGUAGACCAGCCGUCGAAGGAGCUUGAUAAAGGCGCAGAGGUGUCGCCAUGUCCUUCAGAGAGUGGACAGGAGGCAAGAGGCACCAGCAGCCACUUGCCGCUGUUGAUGCCCCACCAGGAAGCUGUCCCAAACAAUGAAGACCAAUCACAAGCUCCCCAACAGAAUGUGGAGGGGAGUGACUCCGAUGACAGUAAUGUGUCGGUGGUUGUUGACGAAGAGGACGACGACGAGGAGGAGGAGGAGGAAGGCCUUGACGAUGAGUCAGCUAACUCCGGCGACUUUGUCUGUAGUGUCUGUGGUCUCCAUCUGCCCUCCGACUUCAAACUCCAAGACCACAUGAACCUGCACACGGGAGUGCGUCCGUACUGCUGCGCUGAAUGUGGCAAGCGCUUCUCGCAGAUCCACAAUUACCGUGCCCACCUGCGCACGCAUGCCCAGACCAAAGUGGAAAAUCCACAUUGCCGCAUCUGCCUCAGAUCUUUUUUAACGGCCAAAGCUUUGAAAGAUCACUUGGCCAGAUCCCACUGGCAGAAUGAGUUCUACGAGUGUGACUUAUGCAAACGUGUCUUCACCUGCCUCUCGGACUGUCAAAAUCACGUAGAGUUGCACAGGUCCCCGCCGGAUGUCAUCUGUGACAAAUGUGGCCGCCACUUCAACACUCCAAAAUCCCUCAAGCACCAUUUGAUGAAGUCCUGUUACACUGUCUUUAAAUGCACCGACUGUACAAAGACCUUCAAAAAGAAAGACGCGCUCCUCAAACAUAGCUUCUCCCAUCUCGGCUUGUUGCCAUACACUUGCGUACGAUGCCGCCGCCACUUCCGCUUAGCGAAGCUUUACCGCCAUCACAAGUGUGAACCUGGACGUGUCCACUGUGUGGCCUGCCUGAGAGAGUUUGGCAGUCAGGAGGAGUUUGAGCAGCACAAGAAGGACACUGGGUGCUGGGGCAAACAGGAGGACAUCGGUGACACAAUCCGCUGCUUGGAAUGCGGCCUCCGCUUUGCCACCAGUGAAGAGCUGAAGAAACACGCCGGGGCUCACCAGAGAGUCCUCAAAUGUGCCGAGUGUGGGAAGGGGUUCCGCUCUGCCUUGUUGCUCAUGUCCCACAUGGGCGGCCAUGCCGGCAAUUCUCCCUGUCUUUGUAAGAGCUGUGGACUGGGCUUCCCUCAUCAGCACACCUACGACAGCCACCUGAAGACAUGUGGGCAAUCACCUCAGCCUGCCAACCCUGUGGACGCUCCCAAGAAACACGGAGCCCGAAAGAAUUCUUCCUUGAAAAGGAAGCUGGAUACGACUCCCACAGGUGACACUGAUGUCCUAACUCCAGCAAUCCCAGCACAAGCAGUCACCGAGCCUACUGAGGUAGUCAAUAACCCUGCUGCGUCUGUCACAGACUCUGCUGUUUCAGAGCUUGGGACAGCAGACGUUCCCCCCUCUGGCUCGGAUCCAUCAGAUGGCUGUUGGAAGCUCACCCUGGACAAAAUACCUCCGCCUGGUGUUGAUCUCGUCCUGUUUGUCCCCGUCGCCCCAGACGGCCCGCAGUUCCAAAGCCCAGCAGAUCCUCAAAAGAUUGUUUGGACAAGAGUUGAAGAUGCAGCAUGUCAACCUCUGGAUUUGUCCAAAAAAAAAUCCGGCCCAAUUCUAUGUAAUCCAACACAGAGUGACGUUCCGCCCCCUGUGGUUAAAAGUGAACCAGUGGAGUUUGAAAUCUCUGAAGAGGCGGAGAGACAAGAAUUAGUUAACCCCGCUGUAGUGGAUCAUUCGUACUGCGCACUAGAAAGUGACAUUAAGAAAGAGCCUCCUCCUUCUGACUGGCAAGCUGAGAGAAACUAAACCAGAGUUUGCCUUUUCAUGACCUGUUUGUACUUUAUGGAGCGUUAAACACAACCUCUGGACAACACACACACACACACACACACACACACACACAACAAAGGAAGAGAUGAGACCAAUGUAAUGUCAUCAAAUGACAAAAACAAUGAUUUCUGCUUUUGCUGAGAGGAAUAAACGAGAUAUUGUCUCUUGAAAAAA